ACCGCCAUGCCGCUUCCAUGGCCUCUCGUCCUGACGCGUACGGUCUCCUCUACUACCCCGAUCAACGCGCCUACCGACGCUGUCAUUCAAUAUUUGCAUGACCCCGACCGUAUGGUCAGCGGUGGUUCCCUGGUUAUCGACCGCAAGGUCGACCCGUCCAAUCCUCUGAAGUACACAAUAACCGAUAAGCUGGACGUACUGGGGCUAUGGUCUAGCACAACGACGUACGACGCGCUCUUUGAACCAAAGGAUGAAGGCACAGACGUGACGGUCAACGCGCCGAUGGGCACUCGCUUGCAGCAGCGGUGGCGCGUGCGGGGGAAGGACGAGGGAAGCGCGGAAAUGACGGAGGAUGUCGAGGUUCAGGCGCUCUUCUUCUUCAUGCCAUACAUUUUGAGGACGAUGAUCAAGUCCCACCGUGAGGGGAACGAGCGGAUCAGGGCCCAACUUGAGGGGAAGCACGGCAGCCGCCGCGUCCUCUUAGUCGACGAGUCUACCAAGCAGUCAAACGUGCAUACGUCUGGCCUUGCAAUUCUCGUCCUCGUCCUUUCCGGCCUUGUUUAUACCUCUCAUCAUCUGAUCGCGCUCUCAAUCUUGGGAGUUGCUCUGAAGAGGCUGAGCUCGCGCGGCGACGACCCAUACGGUCUCUUUCAUCUGGCCUUAAAUAGACGCAUGGGUGAUCCCAUAAACGUCGAUCCCAAGACUGAAUGGCUGAACAUGGGCUACUGGAAAAACACGAGCGAUUUACCCACUGCCUGUGAAGCUCUUGCCCUUCGUAUGGUGCAGGCAGCACGACCACGGCCGAAUGGGAGGGUCUUAGACGUCGGACAUGGGACAGGGGAAUCCCUCUUACUUCUGCUGCGACAUCCAGACGUACCUGUCCCCGCGCAUUUGGUCGGGAUCACCAGCCUGCCUGCGCAUGCUCGUCGUUCGACGCGGCGAGUUGAACGAUUCGUGCAGGCGCUGCCAGAGACCGCAAGGCCGCAGUCAGUCACCCUGUACUGCGCCGAUGCUGUCCGCAGACCAGAACAUGUCAAGCAUCCCUUCAACCCUGCGGACGACCUGCGUUUCGACACUAUCCUCGCGCUCGACUGCGCCUAUCACUUCCAAACGCGCAAAGCUUUCCUCCAGCAGGCACUGAGCAACCUCGCAGUCGGAGGACGUAUCGCACUUGCGGACAUCGCAUUCGACGAUCUUACUCUGGAUACGCAUCGUUCCAAGCUGAUCCGCGCGGCCUUGAGGAUGAUGCCUUCCGACAACGUAUGGACCAAGACGACGUACGUCAAGAACAUGGAACAAAUAGGCUAUGUCGACGUUACGCUUGAGGACAUCACGGACGAGGUCUUUCCAGGUUUCGUGCGCUUUCUCAAGAGCAGGGGGAGGGGGUGGUGGGCGUUUGGGGCUUUGAUGGAGGUAUACUUCAGCGCAGGUGCGCGGUUCGUUAUUGUAUCCGGUCAACGAGGGAAUGCAUGAUGCUGAGGUACUCAGCCACGUACUCAGACUAUCGUGCAUAGCUGUUUGCGGCGUCAACACGAACGAACGGAUUUCCAUAUCAAGCAGCGCUUUCGGUAAUACGUCCUUAUGGUUGGCCG